UGCUGUAUUGCGGUAAAGUUGGUUUUUAUAAGUUGCGUUCGCGGCUUAUUUCGUGUGGAUAGCUUUCGAUAAAAAGCUACGAUCUUUGAAGUUGUUUAACAAGAUGCCUGAUAUCGGAUCGAGCCAAACUGUUCAAGAAUCACCACACUUAAACGGAAACGUUUCUCAAAAUGGAGAGAAAUACCCCGACAAAGAGGAAAGUAACAUGACCGGGGGAAGUCACAGUCCGACUGGAAGUGCGAAGUCUCGGGGAAGCAGUCGUGGAAGCCCUGCUCCAAGCCAGUUAGAGCGGGAGAAGUUUGAUCUGUCACUAUUUGUGUAUCCUUUGGAAGAGAAGUAUCAGUGUCCAAUUUGCGGGGAUGUUCUCCGUUAUCCAGUUCAAUUUAUAAGGGAGUGCGGACAUCGCGUUUGUUGCAAGUGUUUCGACGAGCUAAAAAGGGUCGAACCGCGGUGCCCGGUGGAUCAAACACCAAUCAGCAAAGAUGAUGCCUACCUUGACAAGGCUUUUCACAACGAGAUCUUAGCACUUGACGUAAAGUGCAAGAACAAUGAAUGGGGAUGCAAAUGGGAAGGAGAAUUUCAGAAUUAUCAGGAUCACGUAAACUCGAAUUGUGAAUACGCGGAAAUUCUCUGCAUGAACGACUGUGGUGCAAAGUUCCAGAAGAGAUUUUUGCAAAAACAUCUGGACAAAGAUUGCCCAAAGAAGAUCAUUGCUUGCCCAUAUUGCGAUGAUAGACAUCUCAGAGAGGACAAAAAGGCACAUCUGGCAGACGAAUGUCCCAAACUACCUCUUCCAUGUCCAAACAAAUGUGACAAAAAGCUGGAGAUUCCUCGAGAUGAGCUGGAUCAGCACAUCGAAGAAGUUUGUCCGAAGACGAAGAUGAUGUGUGAAUUUGAGUACAUCGGCUGCACACACAGGUGCAGCAGAGAGAAAAUGCCUAAGCACUACAAAAGCAACAUGAUCGAGCAUGUUAAAGCAGUCUUUACGAAGAUCCAAGAGCUAGAUGAAACACUGGGAAAACACGAAAACACCCUUAAGGAGCAGGCUGACCUCAUUAAAGCACAGGACAAGCGUGUAGGAGAUCUGGAGAAAAUUGCAAACAGCCAACUCAUUUGGCGAAUCGAGGACUACACGCGGAAGCUAAAGGAAGCCAAGGCCGGAAAUGGAGACACACUGUUUAGUCCUACUUUUACGACCAGCAAGCAUGGAUACCGCUUAUGUGCAUCAGUUUGCUUGAACGGCGAUGGAAAGGGAAAGGGAACGCACAUGUCUGUAUUCAUCAGCGUGUUGAGAGGCGCUUUUGACAGUUUGUUGAAGUGGCCUUUCGACUACAGGGUAUCAUUUUACCUUCUUGAUCAGAACGAAGAUCACGCACAGCGAAAACAUAUCAAAUUCAGCAUCAAACCAAACCCGUGUCCAGAGAAUGAACCGUUCCUUGGUCGACCCAAGCUUGAAAAGAAUGCUAGCUUUGGAGGAGCAAAGUUCGCUAAACACGAUGAGAUUGAAACCCGUAACUACAUCAAGGAGGAUACUAUAUACAUCAAGAUUUCAGUAGAUUGCGACGGGUUGAGUGAGCCGUAAGAUAAAAAAUUGUGUACUAAGAACUUAAAGAGUAGUACAACUUUAAUUACCAGAGCACCUUUCAAGGCUCUAAACAGUUAAUCGCAGGUCGAUGUGCACGCAACUAUUGAAUCACUCGCAAGCACGCAUGCACACUGAACUGAGAAAGUGUCGGGCGGGUAAAAAUGGAAGGUUUUUCGCAAUAAAAGUAUAAUCACACCUUAAUGUCCACUUAAGGGCGUCCCUCAGAGGAGGUUUGAUUGUACAUCAAAAUUAUUUCGCUGAUAUCUCAAAGUCGCAAAACGCCGAGAGGUUUGUAUUAUAAAUUAGGGGGGAUUUCCUUAGAAAAUCAGAACGUGGUGCCUAUAAAGAGGAAUUUUUUAGAUUUGAAAUACAUGCUGUUAUUCUUGCUAUUUAAGAAUUUUAUUUACGCGGCAGUUUUUAGGACUGGUUAGCUUUUUUAUGCGCGAGAUGCCUUCUAUAUUUGAGUUCUCGUUGUGAAUAUAUCUUACGAUCAUAAAAAAAACAUUCUUUCUCUAGAGCAAGAAGGUGAUUCCCAGGAAAGUUUAACCGAUGAGGUUGCGAUCCCAAUAAAAAUAAUUAUAAUAGAAUUUAUCUAAUUUAUGACAUCGAGUGUUACUCCGCCGCUCUAAGUGUGUUAAAAUGAAGAUGUUAUGUUGCAACAACAAUUCCGUCACAUAAGGGGAAAAUGGAAUUUCCAUUUUAAAACUGGUUAGUUAGCAGAAUAUGAGGUGACGGAGGAUUGUCGUUGUUAGAUACACAUUUCCCUUUCUUUCUUUCUUUUGCAUGGGCUUUGAAUGAAAAUAAACCCUGAUUUUGAGCACUUAAGAUUAAUUUGUCGAGAUGAGAGAAAUCAUCCCGCACAACAGCCUUGUCUUCGUAGCUUAGCUUUUCGUCUGAGAUUACGCUCCAAUAUGUUCGAUUACCGAUUACGUAAUCGUGGUUCAUUUGCACGGCGAGCAGCCGUUCGUGUAUUGUAGUGAAACAGUUAAACGUGGAACAAUUACUUAUACAAUACGAAAAUAAACGUGAUUUUUAAUGUACAAUUAAUUGCAAGCGAAGUAGAAAUCAAUUAAGAACAGCAAAGUACUUUUCCUGUGUAUGUUUAACUUUUCGCUACGUACUUGUAAAUAAAAAGAAACGUUGGAAUUUAAA